AUGGCUUUUCUGUUAAAAGAUUCUCCAGAAUGCGCAAAAUCCGAAUUGGAUUUAUUUUCGUUACCUCCCACUCAAACAGUGAUAGAAAAAGGUCAGUGGGUUGAAUUUCAUCCAUUAGCCAAUGUGUCGGAAGGAAGUCCUGUUGAAUUCAAUGUUUCUGGAAGCGGAGACGAAUACUUUGACUUAUCACAGACACAACUCUAUGUGAAGGUGAAAAUUUUAAAAAGUGAUGGCAAGCCUAUCACCGCUGAAAGUAAAGUAGGACCUGUCAAUCUGUUUUUACAUUCCAUGUUUUCACAAGUGGAUAUUAGUUUAAAUGAAAGACUCGUUUCUACCAGUAAUAACACUUAUCCCUACAGAGCCAUGAUAGAAAAAUUACUGAAUCAUGGAUUUGAUACGAAAACUUCGCAACUUUCAUCAGAAUUGUUUUUUAAAGAUACAGCAGGACGUAUGAAUGUUUUUGAUACUCAAGAUACUCAGCCGAACGAAGGAUUCAACCAACGAGCAGAAUUGUUUAAACUGAGUGCCUCAGUCGAUAUGAUUGGCCGGUUGCAUUUGGAUAUGUUUCAUCAAGAAAGACUUUUGUUGAAUAUGGUGGAUAUGAAGAUUAAACUCAUACGCAGCAAACCCGAAUUUUGUUUACUGGGAGAUGGUGAAUUUAAAGUCGUACUCGAACAUGCUUCUUUGUUUGUAAGAAAAGUGAGAGUUAGCCCUGGUGUUGUGCUAGGACAUGCAAAAAGCCUAGAAAAAUCAACAGCCAAAUAUCCCAUUCAAAGAGUACUAUGCAAAGCCUAUUCCAUUCCCACUGGAAAUAUGACUUUUAUUCAAGAUAACAUUUUCAUAGGCCAAAUGCCUAAUCGUAUUGUGGUGACUUGCGUCGAUAAUGAUGCCUUCAAUGGAAACUAUAAAAAGUCUCCUUUCGAAUUCAAGCAUUAUAAUAUGAACUUUAUCGGCGUUUAUGUAGAUGGUCAACCGGUACCUCAUAAUCCUCUUCAACCUAAUUUUGAGAAAAACCAUUUUAUACGAGCUUAUCAGAAUUUAUUUACAAAUGCAGACGACCGAGGACUUUACCUUUCAAGAUCAGAAUUUUCAAAGGGAUAUUCCUUAUUUCGCUUCGAUUUGUCACCUGAUCUUUGUGAUGGCUCUCAUUUAAAUCUGAUUCGACACAGCAACUUAAGAUUAGAAAUAAAAUUUGACAGUCCUUUAGAACAAACUGUUACCUUAUUAGUGUAUGCUGAAUUUGAAAAUUUGAUAGAAAUCAAUAAAGCUCGAAAUAUUCUGUAUGAUUUUGGAAACUGA